AUGUCUUUUAACGUGAAUUGGAACUCCUUAGAAACAGACUCUUUACGGAGCUGGACAGUCGAGUUGCUCACAGAAGCGUUAAAUUCUGGCAAGCGGCCAAACAUUUUGGCAUCGGAUAUAACUAUCAAGGAUCUUAACUUUGGUAAAAUUGCACCACGCUUCGAAAUACUUGAGAUUGGAGAACUUGAUAGAGAUCGGUUUAGAGGCAUUUUCAAAAUUGAUUACAACGGAGAUUUUCAUCUUACUCUCCAUACAAAAGUCCAGGCCAAUCCUCUCAAGAUCUACAGUGAUAACUCUUUGGAGAAGGAGAUACUGGCGUCUAGUCCAUUUGUGACACCUGACUUUCUACUUUCACUGGACGCAUUCAACAUUCCUUUGGAUUUAAAAUUGAGCGAUAUCAAGAUCUCAGGUAUAGGUAUUAUCGUCUUUUCUAAAUCUAAAGGCCUUACUAUGGUUUUCAGGAACGAUCCUUUGGACUCCAUUAAGGUUUCUUCGACUUUCGAUACCGUUCAAGUUUUGGCUACAUUUUUGCAAAAUCAAAUUGAAAACCAGAUUCGAGACUUAUUCAGGGAAACAUUACCGACUUUGCUCCACAAAGUCUCGUUGAAGUACACAUCAUCUAACAAUACCAAUGAUAUCAUUGAUAACCUAAAAGACCAUUUGAGCAACAAUGUUUAUCUGAAUGCUUUGGAGUCUUUAGAAGUUGAGAACGUUUCACCUGGUAACCUUCAAAAACUUGCGAAGAUAUACUCAUCGAGGGAGACGCUCAAGUUGAAUGUUCCUAAGCUUAAAAGAAUUGUCCAAAGAAAUCAUUUGGAGAAGUUUAACAAAAACUUAAACCCCAACCUAGCUAGUUGCUUGUAUACCAAUAUGGGAUUGCAAGAAUAUUCUGGCUUUUCGGGCGUUUCAUCAAGCUACAACUCCAUUCCUGUUGGGCUUAUUGCAAAUGAAGAUUUCAAGAAAGUGGAUGAAAUUCUUCAGGAAAUCUCUAGCAUUCAAUCUAAAAACUUCAAGUCUGGCAGUAAUGAUCAUAAGCCGGCGAAAAGAAGAACUAUCAAACUUGGUAAAGGCAUGCGCCAAAAGAAGGUGGAUAUGCAGAAUGUGGAUGAAUCCACUUUGAACUCUAUCAACAUGUCCAGAUGCGCUACCGAGUAUUGUGACACACUAUCUGAUGUUUCAACCGUUUUGUCAGAUGACCAACACAAUCACAUUGAACAACCUACUCCGUUGAAAGUUUUCACCGACACUCGUCCACCACUAAGGAAUGUCGUGUAUACUGAGGGGUACAAGUGUUCUUCUCCAAUGAACUCAAACUCCUCCUUCGUUGGUAGCGUUGGCCUCGGAAACAACUUUUUCCAAAUCGCAAGUGGAUGCGCUCCAUCUGCCUCCCCUUUGAGAAAUGACCUCAGCGGGCAAAAGAGCGUUCAUAGUCACGAUGUGAAGGUAAAAGUUAAAAAAUCCAUGAACCGGAUUGAUGUUAGCCAAAUCAACGAGAAGCUCAAUGGUGGCUUCAACAACGGGACUCUGAAAGAGGCAAUGCACAAUGAGAAUAAAGCCUUUUCUCAUAAUGAUCCGCUGAUCACGCCGUUUGAGCUUCCUCCUCCGCCAUACCACCAGCUCUCGCGUGCCUGA